AUGAAGCUGCAUAAUAAUGUGACUGAGUUCAUUCUACUGGGGUUGACAGACGAUCCUGAUAGGAGGAAAAUGGUGUUUGUCACAUUUUUGUUUUUCUAUUUGGGAACAAUAUUGGGGAACUUGCUGAUUAUUGUUACCAUCAAGACCAGCCGAGCACUUGGGAGUCCAAUGUACUUCUUCCUUUUUCACUUAUCCUUAUCUGAUACCUGCUUCUCUACCUCCGUAGCCCCCAGAACCAUUGCAGAUGCACUUUUGGAGAAAGGGAUUAUUUCUUUCAGUGAAUGCAUUAUCCAAGUCUUUACGUCCCAUUUUUUUGGCUGCCUGGAGAUCUUCAUCCUUGUCCUCAUGGCUGCUGACCGCUAUGUGGCCAUCUGUAAGCCCUUGUACUACAUGACCAUCAUGAGCCCCCAGGUCUGUACCAUCUUGGUGGCCUUAGCCUGGGUGGGGUCCUGUGUGCAUUCUUUAGCUCAGAUUUCCCUUGCCUUGAGGUUACCUUUCUGUGGUCCUAAUGUAAUUGAUCACUAUUUCUGUGACUUGCAGCCCUUGUUGAAGCUCGCCUGUGCAGACACCUAUGUGACCAACCUACUCCUGGUGUCCAAUAGUGGGGCCAUUUGCACAGUGAGUUUUGUCUUGCUGAUGUUCUCCUAUGUCAUCAUCCUGCGUUCUCUGAGGAACCACAGCGCUGAAGGGAGGAGAAAAGCCCUCUCUACCUGCAUCUCUCACAUCACUGUGGUCAUCCUGUUCUUUGGUCCUUGCAUAUUCAUAUACACACGCCCUGCCACCACUUUCCCCAUGGAUAAGAUGAUAGCAGUGUUUUAUACAAUUGGAACACCUUUGCUGAACCCUCUGAUUUAUACGCUGAGAAAUGCAGAGGUGAAAAAUGCCAUGAGGAGACUGUGGAGCAAGAAGUUGAUCUCAGAUGACACACGAUGA